AUGGCUCCGGCCAGGGGGGGUGAGGGUGAGAUGCAGGCGGCGAAGCUGUUGGUGGUGUGGGUUCCCGCCGCAAGCAGAGGGUGCUACUAUUUUCGUCGGCGCCCCAGGAAUGGAAAGCACAGAGUCUGGCAAUACUGCCAAGCUGCUAGCGCUCAAGCUGUGCCCGGAACGCUGCUCCUCCCGGCGAGCCCAAGCGGCGGCUGGCACGGUGGAGGAAACGGCAGCGGCACGGUGGAGAAGCAAAGAGUACGAGGUUGA